AUGGGAGAUUCUCAACCAAGCUGUGUUUUGAUCACCGGAGGAUGCGGUUUCAUUGGCUCAAACUACAUCAAUGUUACUUUCAACAAAUGGCAAAACACCAGAUUUGUCAAUUAUGAUAAAUUGGCUUAUGGUGCAUCGCCAAAUCACGUCGAGAAAGAUAUUCAAAAUUCUCCAAGAUACAAGUUUGUUGAAGCUUCUUUGGAAGAUCAACAAACUUUGAAUCGUGUCUUGGCUGAGAACGAGGUAAAUUUCAAAUUUUGAAGGUUUCGAAGAUUAUCGAUUUAUUUUCAGGUCGACAUGGUUAUCCACUUCGCCGCUAUUACUCACGUCGAUGAAUCAUACAGUGAUAGAAUCGGAACCAUCAGAGAUAACGUUAUCUCAACAACAACUCUUCUUGAGAGUAUUGUCAAUAGCAAUUACAAGGGAGUCACCAGAUUGGUUCAUAUCAGCACAGGUAUGUAGACCAGAAAGAAUAAAAUAACAAAAAAAAUAAAAAUUUUAGACGAGGUUUAUGGAGAUUCUUUCGCUGAUGUUACCCCAAAAAAUGAGGCUGUUUCAUUGCCAAAUCCAACAAAUCCAUACGCCGCUUCAAAAGCUGCUUGCGAAAUGGUCAUCCGAUCAUACUGGCAUUCUUACAAGUUACCAUAUGUUAUGGUUAGAAUGAACAAUGUUUAUGGACCAAGACAAAUUCAAACCAAACUUAUCCCAAAAUUCACCAAAUUGGCAUUAGAAAAUAAGCCAUAUCCAUUGAUGGGUGAUGGAUUGCACACAAGGUAAUUAGUAAUGUUUUUGAGGGUUUCAUCUAGUGGUUUUAUAGAUCGUGGAUGUAUGUUGAGGAUUGUUCUGAAGCUAUUAGCCGUGUUGCUUUGGACGGAAAACUUGGAGAAAUUUACAAUAUUGGAACUGAAUUCGAGAUGACAAAUAUUGAAUUGACUAGAAUGAUUCACGCAACUGUCAACAAAUUGAUGAACCGGUAUGUUUUAAAAUACUACCUUCUUUUUUCUGAAAUAUUGAAUUUCCAGCGAUAACACCGAGCCAUCAUUUACCCCAAUUCCUGAUCGACCAUACCACGAUCGCCGUUAUUAUAUUGAUUUCUCAAAAAUUAAAAACGCAAUGGGAUGGGAAUGCACAACACCAUUUAAUGAGGGACUUAUGAAAACAAUUGACUAUUAUAUUAAAUUGCAUCAAAAAACUGCUCGUCUUCAAGGUUAA